AUGAGACCGAGGCGGAAUCGUUGCGUCGUGCUGCUAGCCAUCGCUGUGUGGCUGCUGUGGGGCGUCGCCUGGUUGCGGCUCGACGACGGUGAUGCCGAGCGAAGGCUGGCUGAGGCAAACGCGGCACGCCGCACCCCCGCCACCCCCAGGGUUGUCUUCGUCGUGGCGCAGACGCGGCCGUCUCCGGGUUGGUGCCAGAUGGUGGCUAGUGCCAUCCUCUCCAAUGUGACCGUGGUGACAGUCGGCCACGGGGAAAAGUACGCCCACACCCGACGCGUGUUUUGGGUGGCGCAGUACAUCGAGGCGGCGGGGCUCCGAGACGAGGACGUGGUUGUCUCUUACGAUGGGGCCGACACGCUUCUCACUGGCGCCCUCACUGUCCAGCGAGCCGUGGAGCGGUUUAUUGCCACAACCGCCCCCUCGUUUGAGAACUUUGCUCCUGAAGCGGUGCAGCGUGCGGAGGCGACUGCCCCGCUCCUGUUUACGGCGGAGAGCAAUUGUUAUCAUCCACAGUUGACCGGUAGCGUGAAGUGGGGUCUUUCCAAGGGAAGAUGCAUUUCGGCGUACAAGCGCGUCGAGGGGUUUCUACUGCGUCAGAAAAAUGCCCUAGUUGGGGAUAGGCGUAAUCGCCUGCACUUCCUAAAUGCCGGUGGCUACGUGGCCCGUGUGUGGGCCUUGAAGCAGGCAUUCAUGUCGUACCGCGCUUUGAUUCGCCUCAAGAAACUGUGGUGUGAUCAGAGUGCCUGGGGAAUGUUGUAUUUAUGGAGCAUCUCCAGGGAUGCCUCUGUAUCUCCAACCGUGCGCGUUCCUUUUGGACUAAUAGGACUGGACUUUCACAAUAGCUUCUUUCUUUCCUUGCACGGCAUUUCUCUGGGGCGGAGCAUACGCCUCUUUAGCCCUUCCGCCAUUGAGGAGGUGGUGGUGGAAGGUAAACUACCAUUUCCUCCCUUUUUUGAAAUUCGCGGCGUCCCUCGUGCUACGCCUGUCGUUCUACACUUCAACGGCAUUGGACGGGGAGGCGUGGGGCUGCGGGAAAAGCUGCGCAACCAUACCUCGUGGUUUGUGGAGGCCCAUCGCACCGAGGCCGCCUUACUCAAGGCGAAGGAAGGGUUGCAAAGCGACGCCCGUGUAAUUUUACAUGGCAUUGGUGGAAAGGGGAAGGAAGUCCGCUAUAGUGACGUUUGUCGUGUUGGUGCAUCUCUGUAG